GUAGAUCAACCAAAAUUAUCACACAACCGGUUCAAUCAGUAGCUAUGCGGGCGAAGUGCGUUGGCGCACGGAGACGACCCCUUUCGUAGCACUUUGAGUCAAUUCAUUUACUCAUCUUUGAUUCUCCUUUUUCUUCUGUGGUGCCAAGACUGUAGAAAUGUCGAGCCAGGUUUUGGCGAACUCGAUCGAUCCUGAAAAGCUUUCUCAGCUUGCACCUGAGGAGUUCACAACACCGAUGUUGUGUUAUGUCGUGAAGAAAACAGGACCCGCUAGUACUGAAGAGGCAUCGUUUUCGGCCGCUCAACAAGCAUCAGUUGGUGGGCUCGGUGCUUUGUUUGUUAGCUACGCAACGAGCUCUUCGACUUCGAGGUCCGCGACUAGCGGCAGUGCCAUCAAAUCAGCAGCUUCGCACAAGGACAAGAAGGCAUCAGACCACGACCACAGGUCAUCGGUGGAGCGAAGACUGAUGGAUGAAGGACCUCGCAUGGCUGGCCGUAGCGGAAGAUUGAGGAAGUUUGACGAAGCUAGCGAAUGUAACAAUUCAUGGAUCCAUGGAGGAAUGGGAUUUCCGUUUUCAACAUCAGCUUAUGCCCUUGGCGGUGACGCCUCUAUGGAGCAACCACAUUACCGACCCUUCCUAGGAGGAAUGAAAACCGGACGAGCCUUCUUGUAAGUAACUUUAAAUUUCUAGUAACGUUGUGACUUGUGAUUGGCGACUGUGUUGCAAAUGAAGAUGGAAAAACGAACCACCACCCAGG